AUGUCUUCCCGGCCGGAUCUCAGAGUUGACGACGAAGUCGGCUUCAUCCGAUUCUACCGCUCCAUCUCCUCGAACAGCAACGAUGACACCAUCCGCGUCUUCGACCGCGGCGACUGGUACUCGGCGCACGGCCCAGAGGCCGAAUUCAUCGCGCGCACCGUGUACAAAACGACCUCGGUGCUCCGCAACCUCGGCCGCAGCGAGACCGGCGGCCUCCCCUCCGUGACGAUGAGCGUGACUGUGUUCCGCAACUUCCUGCGCGAGGCGCUCUUCCGGCUCAACAAGCGGGUGGAGAUCUGGGCGUCCGGCAGCGCGUCCGGGCGCGGCCAGUGGAAGUUAUCGAAGCAGGCGAGUCCCGGGAACUUGCAGGACGUGGAGGAGGAGCUGGGGAGUGUGGGCGGGUUGAGCGCGGAGGCGGCGGCGCCGAUUAUUCUCGCGGUGAAGAUCUCGGCCAAGGCGGGCGAGGCGAGGAGCGUGGGGGUGUGUUUUGCCGAUGCCAGUGUGAGGGAGCUUGGCGUGAGCGAGUUUCUGGAUAAUGAUGUGUAUUCGAAUCUGGAGUCGUUGGUUAUUCAGCUCGGGGUCAAGGAGUGUUUGGUGCAGAUGGACGCCGGGAAGAAGGAUGUCGAGUUGGCGAAGGUGAGGAAUAUUGCGGAUAGUUGUGGCAUUGCGGUGUCGGAGAGGCAGGGGGGUGAUUUUGGGGUUAGGGAUAUUGAGCAGGAUUUGACUAGGUUGUUGAGGGAUGAGAGGUCCGCUGGCACGUUGCCGCAGACGGAGCUGAAGUUGGCGAUGGGUGCUGCUGCUGCCUUGAUCAAGUAUCUGGGUGUCAUGUCGGAUCCGUCGAAUUUUGGUCAGUAUCAGCUGUAUCAGCAUGAUCUGUCGCAGUUCAUGAAGCUUGAUUCGUCGGCACUCAGGGCCCUGAAUCUGAUGCCUGGUCCGCGGGACGGAUCCAAGUCCAUGAGUCUGUUUGGGUUGCUGAAUCACUGUAAGACGCCCGUGGGCAGCAGGUUGCUGGCGCAGUGGUUGAAGCAGCCCCUCAUGGAUCUGGCGGAGAUUCAGAAGAGACAGCAGCUGGUCGAGGCGUUCGUGGUGGAUACCGAGCUCAGGCAGACAAUGCAGGAGGAGCAUCUGCGGUCAAUCCCGGACCUGUAUCGGCUGGCGAAGCGGUUUCAGCGGAAACAGGCCACGCUGGAGGAUGUGGUGCGCGUUUACCAGGUUGCUAUUCGUCUCCCUGGGUUUGUUGCCUCCCUGGAAAAUGUGAUGGAUGAGGAGUAUCAGACGCCCUUGGAGAAGGAGUACACGACCAAGCUGCGGGGGUUCUCGGAUAGCUUGGCGAAGCUGGAGGAGAUGGUCGAGACGACGGUCGAUCUGGGUGCGUUGGAAAACCAUGAGUUUAUCAUCAAGCCCGAGUUUGAUGAGGGCCUGCGCAUUAUCCGGAAGAAGCUCGACAAGCUACGACAUGACAUGGACGUCGAACACCGCCGGGUUGGGCGCGACUUGGACCAGGAGGUGGAUAAGAAGCUGUUCCUGGAGAACCACCGUGUGCAUGGCUGGUGCUUCCGACUGACUCGCAACGAGGCGGGUUGCAUCCGCAACAAGAGGGAGUACCAGGAGUGCUCGACACAGAAGAACGGCGUCUACUUCACCACGUCCACGAUGCAGGCGUUCCGUCGCGAGCAUGAUCAGAUGUCCUCCAACUACAACCGUACCCAGACGGGUCUGGUGAGCGAGGUGGUCAGUGUUGCUGCGUCUUACUGCCCUGUGCUGGAGCAGCUUGCCGGCGUCCUGGCUCACCUCGAUGUGAUCGUGAGCUUUGCGCAUGUGUCAGUGCAUGCCCCUACGCCGUAUGUCCGUCCCAAGAUCCACCCGCGAGGCACUGGAAAUACGAUCUUGAAGGAGGCGCGACACCCAUGCAUGGAGAUGCAGGAUGAUAUCUCGUUCAUCACCAACGAUGUGUCUCUGAUCCGGGACGAUUCGUCUUUCCUGAUCAUCACCGGUCCCAACAUGGGCGGUAAAUCGACCUAUAUCCGCCAGAUUGGCGUCAUCGCGCUCAUGGCUCAGACGGGGUGCUUCGUGCCAUGCUCGGAGGCGGAGCUGACCAUCUUCGACUGCAUCCUUGCCCGUGUUGGCGCGAGUGAUUCGCAGCUCAAGGGCGUGUCGACCUUUAUGGCGGAGAUGCUGGAGACGUCUAACAUCCUCAAGUCCGCCACGUCGGAGUCUCUGAUCAUCAUCGACGAGCUUGGCCGCGGAACGAGCACCUAUGAUGGAUUCGGUCUGGCAUGGGCUAUUUCGGAGCACAUUGUCACCGAGAUUCGCUGUUUCGGCCUCUUUGCAACCCAUUUCCACGAGUUGACGGCCCUGGCAGACCGGUACCCGAAGUCGGCCAAGAACCUGCACGUGGUGGCCUUCAUCGGCGAUGGCACUGACAAGGGGGCUGAUAGCAAGGACUCGAAGCGCGACCAGGUCACCCUUCUUUACCGUGUCGAGCCGGGCAUCUGCGACCAGUCCUUCGGCAUCCACGUUGCUGAGUUGGUGCGCUUCCCGGAGAAGGUGGUCAACAUGGCGCGGCAGAAGGCGGACGAGCUGGAAGACUUCACAUCCUCCGGGACGCAGAACCAGGAGUCUAGCAUGGCGAUUGACAAGUACUCGCAGGAGGAGGUCGAGGAGGGCAGUGCCCUGCUCAAGGAGAUGUUGUUAAAAUGGAAGGAGGCCGUUGACUCGCCGGACAAGAACCUCACCGUCGAAGAGAAGCGCCAGAUCAUGCGCGAUCUCGUCAACAGUGACCCGAAGCUGCAAGCGAACAAAGUCUUCCAGGGCAUCAAGGCUCUCAAUGCGCGCAAACUGAAGCGACCACCCGCUGGACAGCUUGAUUCAUGCACCCCUUUUCCAUUCUCACUCUCGGAUGUCAACAUGCUCAUGAGCGAUGGGUUGCUACGGGUAUUUUGGCCAAACGAUCUGCCGCGGUCGUCGUCGCCAGGAGUGAUUGUGGGGUGGCGGAACUCAGAAUGGGACUUGUUCGUGUUGACGGUGUUGGAGGAUGUGGAGCCUCGGAAUGUCGACAAUGCUCUGCGUGCCGGGAUCUUAUUCCGUAAUAGCCCUCAUCCGAUCGUGCGCAUAUUCGCUCUCUGUGGGCGCUCCGCUAUGCAUGUUCUAGGAUCGACCAAUUCGCCGGAUCCGCCGACCACGUUCAAUCCGUCGCACCUUUGUGUCACUACGAAUACGUCGGAUAAGGUGCCUCGGAUCUAUUGCCCAUCGGAUACCAACCUCUCCGUUCAGGUUAUCAUGUUUCAUCGCCCUCAUCCGACGAGGAUGGAGUAUAUGUCCUUGGAGCCGAUAUCCCUGGCGCUAGGGGAUAAGGUGUUUGCGGCGGAUAAAUCGGAUGAUCUGUCGGAUAAGAUUGAUACGGAGGAGGAGUGCGAUAAAACUCAGGCUGUGAAGCUGGUGGAAAAGCUGAAGCUUCAUACUGUCGUCAAGCAUGUCCCGUCGCUCAAAGAACAGGCACUUCCCCUCAUUAUCAACCAGGUCAAUUGCGCGUAUGAAAUGGGCAAGCUUAUGGAGAAGAACAGCCACCUUGUGGGCAUCCGAGUCAAGAGAAGCAUGAGCGUUGGUGAACGGGUUGUCGAAUCUGCAACAACCCUCUGGGAUCUCUUCGUUCUUGGCGUCUCCUAUGUCUUCUGGCAGUGGAUCUGGCCUGUCGUUACCCGGAUAUUCAUCAUCGGGCUCGUCUUCCACCGCACGGUUGCCGAGAUUGUCCUCCAGAUUUUGGAGUGGCGCGCUCGUCCGGACGCUGCGGCACUAAAAGACAUAUCGGCGACAGCUCAACAGGUGGAUAUCCGGCUCCAACAGUUCUGCUACUGGCCCAUCCAGUACGUGAAACUACGGCAGAGAAAGGAUAACUGGGAGAGCGUGACUACCAGCCAUCCGGACUACAUUCGAUUCUACAACAGCCUGUGGCUCGUCGCCAAUGAUGUGAUCAUCGGCAUUGCAUUGGGCUCGUACAUCAUCGACAAUGCAAACUGGGUGGCCUUCCAAAUCAAUUACAUCCUAACGGGAUGGACGGUGGAAGGGCUACAGCGCACCAUCUCUUGGCUGAUGGACUGGCCAGCCGGGUUAAAGCUCAACAAUGAGCUUGCCGCGUUCCUCGGUGACCUUUUUCUGUGGGUCAUCGAAAAUUGGGCAGCCAGCAUGCCGAUUGCCCUCUUCUCCGACCUCGUGUCGAUCUUGACCGUGCAUAUCUACUCCUUUUACAUCGCAUCGGCACGCAUAUUCAAUUGGCAACUAACCAUUAUAAUAUCUCUCUUCCAUCUUUUCCGAGGCAAGAAGCGAAACGUGCUUCGCAACCGUAUAGACUCAUGCGAUUAUGACCUUGACCAACUCCUCCUUGGGACGAUCUUGUUCACCGUCCUCUUCUUCCUCCUCCCCACCGUUAUUGUCUUCUACCUCGCCUUUGCGAGCGCGCGGAUGUUGAUCAUCUCGCUGAAAGCGGCCCUCGAUACGUGCCUAGCUUUCUUGAACCAUUUCCCGCUCUUUGCUCUAAUGCUUCGCGUCAAGGACUCCAGAAGAUUACCAGGAGGGAUCCACUUCGCGCUUCGUGAGGAGCACGACAAGUCCUCGAACACCAGCGUGCCUUACAUCCAUCUUGAGUCCAUCCCUCUUACUCUUCGCGCCAUGUUCGACCAAUACUUCCAACUGGGCCAUCGCCUCCGGAAGCACUACCUCUCUCCGCAGGUCAUAUUCUGCCUCGUCACCGGCCGCUUUGUUCCCCCUAUCCACCGGCGUAACCUGUAUGGCAUGCAGUACAGCAUGCUCCCUGCGCGCCGGGCAACCAUGACGGAGGUGUGGUCGAUGCUGACGCAGCCUCGCAAGACCGGCAGCGGCGGGAGCGGCUCCUCGUCCAUGGGCGGAGGGAGCACUGCCGCGAACGGCAUCCUCAAGCUCCCCGGGGGCUUUGGACAGGGGGAUCUGCGGAGACGCGGUCAUCGAUAG